AUGCCGCUCGGCAGCACGUCUCCACGGUCGGCGGCGGCUGGUGUUGGUGUUGGACGUGCUGGCAGCGUUGCCGCGUCGUCUGGAGAUGACCGGACCAAGACGACGGCCAAAUGGGGCGCCGCCUGUGCGUCGUGUGCGGCCGCCAAAGCCAAAUGCAUCCGCUCGAAUCAAGAGUCGGGCACCAAGUGUGACCGAUGUGAGCGCCUCUUCAAAGACUGCACCGACCAGGUCCACCGUCCUCGCAAGAAGCGGGCUAGCAAACCAUCAAAAACGGCCCAGCUCGAAGAACGCCUCAACGGACUGGUUGAUCUCCUGCGCGCGACGGGCGAGCUGUCGACCAGCGUCGCCGCCGCGGCCGGCGUGUCGACCGGCGCACCGUCCACCGCCGGCCACACAGACUCCGCGUCGGCCGACUCGCCCGACAACCGGUCGUCCGCCCCGUCGGCGCCCUCGUCCAUGUCGGUGCCGUCGCCCGACAUCAGCACCAUUCGCGACGACUACCCUGAGCGCCAUGCCCGCGACCGCCAACCGCGCGAUGUACGCCGCGAGACGGGACCCAACACGACGCCGGCGACCAUCCCGGCGACGUACAACUCGUUUGCGCCGCCGGCGUGCAUCUGCCGCCCGGAAAUCGGCGACACGGUGACGGACGCGGUCGAGUCGGACGCGGUGUUGCUGGACAAGUUCCGCACCAAGAUGCAGCCGCUGGUGCCCAUCGUCGUGCUGCCCGACACGGCCACGGCCGCGCAGCUCGCCGUCGACCGGCCGCUUCUGUUCCUGGCGAUCAAGACGGUGGCGUCGGUCGACAACUACCGGUCGAUGCAGGGGCUCAUGUUCCAGCUGAUCAACCACGUGUCGGACUACAUGCUGCUGCGGGCGGAGCGGUCGCUGGAUCUGCUGCAGGGCCUGCUGACGAUCCUGUCGUGGUACCACCACCACUGCAUGAUGCACUCGCAGCUGAGCAACCUGCUGCACCUGGCGUCGAGCCUGGUGGGCGACCUGGGCCUGGGCAAGCCGGCGCGCAUCGCGGAGCGCACGGACCUGAUGGUGCUGCACCCGAACCCGCCGAGCCCGCGCACGCACGAGGAGCGCCGGGCGCUGCUGGGCCUGUGGUACCUGCGGUCGAGCGUGGCGCUGUGCUUCCAAAAGUCGGAGCCGAUGCGCUUCACGCCGUACAUGCGGCAGUGCCUGCACGAGCUCGAGGCGGCCGCGGAUGCCACGUCGGACGCGACGCUCGUGGCGCUGGUGCGCAUGCAGCAGCUGGCCGAGAAGCUGGGCGCGUGCAACAGCGGCGGCGGUGGCGACACCGACGAGGCCCUGCCCCUGUAUCCGCCGUACCCGCGCGCGCCCAAGGCCGCGUACAAGAUUGCCUUUCAGAGCGAGCUCGACCAGCUGGUGGCGUCGCUGGCGCCCGCGGUGCGCGCGCACGCCAUGGUCGAGAGCCACGUCUGCGCCCUCACGCUGCGCCUCUACGAGCCGCCGCUGCUCGACCUGCCGCUGCUGCGCACGCUGUCGUCGUCGCUGACGUCGGCGCUGACGGCGGCGUCGUCGCCCACGCGGGCCACGGCGCUCGACAUGCUGUACAGCGCGCGAACCGCCCUGGCGGCCUUUUUCGACCAGUUCUUCACCGUGUCCAUCCACAUCUACCAGUGGCUGCCCCUGCCGCUGUACGUCCACCUCAUCUACGGCAUCACCAUGCUGAGCCGCUGGGCGCGGCUGAUUGGACCGACGCGGCCGGCGCAUGCCAACCUGCGCGGGCCGGCCUUGAACAAGGUCAAUGGGACGGCAGACACGCCUGCGUCGUCAAGUAGUACGACGUCGGCGUCGGCCGAGCCGCCCUCGGCGACAACACACGCCGCAUCCGCAUCCACGCCGACGCUCGAUCUGCGCGACCCGAGCCAUCGUCUCGUGCCGGGCCAAGGCGCUGCUGCCACCAAGCCUGGCGUUUCCGGCAUCUCUGGCAUCGCAGGCCCGGGUGGCCGCGGCCCCGUCUCCAGCAUGCCCUUUGCCUUCAUCCCCGGCAUGGACGCCCGCGAGCUGCAGCGCGACCCGUCGCUGCUCCAGGCCGUCGCCCGCCUGCGCGACCACAUGCGCCUGCAGCCCGACCUGCAGCUCGACAUCCCCGCGACGCUGACGACCAUCUGGGACCGGUUUGAGCAGUCGAACCGCGAGAUGCGGGCCGCGGGCGCCGCCAAGUUUGGCGACUCGGUCGCGCGCGGCAUGAACGUCUGGGACCUGACGGCGCGCAAGAUUGCCAUUAUGCGCUUCAAGGUGGGGCGGUACCUGGACGGCGCGACGGCCGGUGCGAUUGGGGGCGGCGGCAGCGAGGCCAGCAGUGCGGGCGGUGUGGGCGGUGUGGGCAAUGCGGCCGACGGCGGCACGGCCGACCACCAUUCCCGCACCACACAGCACCACACGCCGACCACCAGCGCCGUCGCCCAGCCGCCCCAGCGACCGGUGCCGACAUUCAGUCCGUAUCCGCCGUACGCGCAGCAAAUGUACAUGACCAGUAUACAGGGGCAGCAGCAGCAACAGCAGCAACAACAACAACAACAACAGACCUCGCAGUCGCAAUCGCACGCGCAGACACAGCUGCCCCUCCACACAGCAUCAAUGACAUUUGGGUCGUCGACGCCCAUGCCCGCAGUCGCGGCCGCCGGCAUGGGCGCGCCCGAACUGGGCUCUGCCUACGCCAUGGGCGCUGGUGCUGCGGCGGGCGGUGCUCCUGGCAUGGGGGACAUUGGCAAUGGCCUUGGCAGUGUGGCCGACAUUAGCUAUAGCCUGGGGAACCUUGAGGGCUGGGACCACGACCCCUUGUGGGGCGCGGACCUCUUUGGCACAGGGCCCGAUCCGGCCAUGUGGGCCGAGAACAUGGACUGGGUCGCGACAUUGGGGUGA